GUCUUCUAAGUACACACAUCUCAGUAAAUAAUCAAAGCCUCUCCAAACCCUUGACAAACCAAAGCGGGAACUCUCUCUCUCUCUCCCCCUUUUAUCUCUCUCAUUUCUGUCUCUCUAGUCUCUCCCUCGAUAUCUCUCUACCGACUGAUUUCAAUUUCUCCUUGUUGUGUUGCAUGAUCGUCGGAGAUGGCAUCAGCUUGCAUAAACAACAUUUCAUUAUCGCCGGAGAAGUUUCUGGACUGUCCGGCGACUUUUCCGACGUACGGUUGGUUGAGUCCGAAAAUGUCGUUCGGCCGUGACGAAGAAGUUUCAAAGCCUACUGUCAAGCCUAGACCUCAGUCUCCCGAAAAAAUAGUCGACGACAGUGAAGUGGAAGCAGAUCGAGAUGAUACCGGUGAUUUUGAGUUCCGGCUCGAUUUUCCAGUCACAAUGUUACCGGCCGACGAAUUAUUCUCCGACGGCAAGUUAAUGCCGCUGCAGUUCCGGCCGGCGGAGGUCUCGUCGGAAGCCACGUUGCCGGACACGCCAAAAGUCCACCGGAGCUGUGAGAUUGCCGGAAUGGAUCCGUACUUGUUUUCACCUAAAGCCCCGAGGUGUUCUAGCCGUUGGAAGGAGCUUCUAGGACUCAAGAGGCUCUACCAGAACAACAAUGCCAAGUUAGAAAGCCCGAAAACUUCGCUCAGUUCUAAUACUAAUACUGGUAUUAGUAAUGGUACUGGUUCUGGUGCUGCCAAGUCUCUUAAACAUUUUCUUCACAGAAACACAAAAUCCACUCCCGCAUCUGCAACUGACUCUUCUCUCAGCCUUCCGUUGCUUAGAGACACCGAUAACGAGUCGAUUUCGAUAUCGUCUCGUUUAUCUCUAUCGUCUUCUUCUUCCGGUCACGAUCACGAUGAUCUCCCUCGUCUCUCUCUCGAUCUGGAGAAGCCUCAUUCAAGUAACCUCACACAUAAGCAUCACCAAAAUCCACCUAGAAUCAGGCUUGUGAAGCACAGAACGGUUUCCACCGAAGGCAAAAUCAGCAAAAGUCCAAUACGGAGACAAGCGGACAGCAAUGCAGCAGCGACAACUCGAGGCGGCGUCUCGUUGGAUAGCCCUAGGAUGAAUUCAUCGGGGAAAAUUGUGUUCCAGAGCUUGGAGAGGAGUUCAAGUAGUCCGAGUAGCUUCAAUGGCGGUCCUCGAUCCAAGCACCGCGGAGUUGAAAGAUCGUACUCGGCUAAUGUUAGGGUGACUCCUGUUCUGAAUGUUCCCGUUUGUUCACUCCGUGGAUCUUCGAAGUCUGGUGGCGUGUUUGGGUUCCCUCUUUUCUCGGCUCCUCCGCACAAAAGAGAUAACGGUAGCAGUACUAACGGAAGCCGUAACCACCAGCAGCAGAGUAGCAGCAAGAACAAAACGGAUCGAUCUUCUUAGUCUGAUAGACUCUAGUAUUGGUAAUUAACAUCACUAUUUAACAGUGCGUUCUCUAUUCCGGUGUCUAAUUUUUGUUGAUUAGGACUAUGUACAUUGUUAAUUACCAUCGUCAAAUGCUUAAUUCUAAUCUAGCUAAUUAGCCUUUCCCUGAACCUUAUGGAAUUUGAAUCUCCGUUUUUUUUCCGUUACCACACUUGUGUGCGUGUGUUAAACGCGCCGUGGAAGGAGUUGUAUUGGGGAAGGGGUGCAGUAGUACUGAGGCAGCAAUGUAAUGUAACAUGUGAGCGGCAUGUUAGGUGUCUGAUACUCCCUCUAUUUUUUGUAAUAUGAUGAUGAUUUGAUUUGUGGCAUAUAUUUUUUAUUAGGUUUA